AUGCAUUUACUUUCAUCUCCCGAUAUUCGUCGUCAGCGUCAAAUAUUGAUCACAAUGCGAGAGCUGAAAAAGGCUGCCCGUCGGGCGUCAGUACUCGGUCGAACAGCUGCCGACUCGUUAUCUGCUCCAGAAGCUGCAUCGAGCAGCGAACGAGGAGAGCAUACUAACAGUCGCUCUCCGUCGACCAGUUAUUCCAGUUGCAUCGACGACGAACGAAAGUUCUCCAGCCCUCAUCGCAGAAGAGUAGUCGAUGUCAGCGAUCAUAAGACAUGUGCACUGUUAAUGACGAGGAUGAAGGAGGCAAGUAGACAGCUGCCAUCGCCUAGCCAGUAA